GAUAAAAUUAUUUUUUAGGUUCUCAUGUGUUUCUUAUCGGGUGCUGUGAUUACAAUCAUGGGAAUGCUUCACUUGGGAUUUCUCGUAGAUUUUAUAAGUAUGCCCGUAAUUUGUGGUUUUAGUAACGCUGCGGCGAUUAUUAUCGCUACUUCUCAAUUAAAUACCCUGCUGGGCAUAAAGGGACGCAGCGAUUCUUUUAUCGAUGCUAUCUCAAAGGUCAUCAAUCAAAUAAAUGAAAUUCAACUUUGGGAUACUGCAUUAGGAGUGUGUUCGAUGGUGAUGCUGGUUCUCCUAAAGAAAAUACCUGGUAAGAAAUCGGGAAGUCCUUUUGAGAAAUUCAUGUGGCUAAUUUCGUUAGCCAGAAACGCCAUAGUUGUGAUGAUUGGAACUCUUAUAGCCUACGUAUUAUUCUCUUACGAAAUCAAGCCUUUUCAAAUUACGGGCAAUAUAACCGAGGGCUUGCCACCAUUUUCUUUGCCUCCAUUCACUGUCAUCAACGGAAACCACACGUAUACUUUUGUGAUGUUGAUCAGAGAGUUUGGCAGUAGCAUUCUUUCAAUACCACUUAUUGCCAUUUUGGAAAGCAUUGCCAUCGCAAAAACAUUCGCGAAGGGAAAUACUCUCGAUGCUAAUCAAGAGAUGUUAGCGCUCGGUCUCUGCAACAUAUUCGGCAGUUUCGUGAGAUCGAUGCCCAUAACCGGAAGUUUCACUCGUACCGCCGUCAACAACGCAUCCGGUGUCAAAACGCCGAUGGGCGGUGUGAUUACGGGUAGUUUGGUGCUUUUGGCAUGUGGCCUCUUGACGUCCACUUUCAAAUUUAUUCCCAAAGCUACGCUAGCGGCCGUCAUCAUAAUUGCCAUGUUUUAUAUGUUCGAAAUACAUAUCUUUAUCGUUCUUUGGAGAACAAAAAAAAUCGAUUUGGUGCCAUUGACGGUGACGUUAUUAUGUUGCUUGGCGAUCGGUUUGGAGUAUGGUAUGAUCGCUGGGAUUGCGGUAAAUCUAAUUCUCUUACUCUAUUUCGCCGCUCGGCCCGGGCUAUUGAUCGAAGAGCGGAUCGUCGAUGGUUUGACCGUGCUCUUCGUAUCUCCCAAGCAAUCCCUGAGUUUCCCGGCCGCGGAGUAUCUGCGAGAGCGAAUAAUGUCGUGGUGCGACAAGAGAUUGGAAAACUUGCCCGUGAUAGUGGAGGGUCGUCACGUGCUUAGGAUCGAUGCCACAGUCGCGAAAAACCUGGCGCUACUCGUAUCGGAUCUCGCAGCGCGAGAUCAGAAGCUCAUUUUUUGGAAUUGGUGCGAGGAUGCCAAGCAGACUUUGAUAUGUUACGAUCCGUCACUCGCGACUUGUUGUAAAUCGUCUGGCAGCAUAACGCGGAUAUUUUCAGAUGAAAUUGUAAUUUGCUGAUUGAAUCGAUCGUGUUACUGCCAUAACAGAUGUGUAUUCGUUAUAAUUUUUAAAAUAAAUUAUAAGGUGUUAUUUACGCAAAUCGUUUAAUUAUAUGAAUAUUGAUG